CGAAAAAUGAAUCAAAAAUCUAGAUUUAUAUCUGUCGAUUUCUGAUUGAAUAAUACGGUUUUAAUUCUACUCUUCGCUUCAAUAAGUCUGCUGGAUUUUUUUCAAAAUGUAUUCUCUACCGUUCACCUUGUUGAUCAUUCCUUCUGCAACGACCACAUUGCUUCCCUGCGCCUAUUUCUUCUAUAUUCUCCACAGUCCAACUGAAAAUGUCAACUGCUUCAGUUCUUGAUGAUAUCGAUUACGAUUCGAGCUUCGAAAUGGUCGAAGAAGAGAAGUUCGAGAAAAUUGAAAAUACUGACAACUCGGAGAAUUUUCAAUAUGUUUCAACGAAAGGAAAUACUGUUAAAGAAGUAAAUAUCAAUUCGAAUGAGAAGAAGAAGAAAGAGGCUCCAAUUCAAAUCCUCACUGCCAUGAUCGGGAAAUGGAAACUUGCAUCCUCUGAAAAUCUCCAAGAAUAUUUCACUCUCGAAAAGUUCCCGGAGAUAACCCAAAUGGCCUGGGAGCACGGAAUUACUUGUUACAAGAUGAACGGCAAUCAACUUCAUGUUCACACCGAUUUGCUCGGAAAAUCUCUGAUUCCUACAAUUUUCGAGUUUGAUAAGCCAAUUGCCAGGGACGACAAUGCGGUUUCAACGCAUGCAGAAGGAAACAUGAUGAGCACCAUUUGCAAGAGGAUUGCUGACGGAUCGAUUGUUUGGAAAGUGGAGAGACUCAUCAAAAAUGGAAAUCUUGUGGUUUUCAACAGCAGAGGGAACUUUCGGUGCAAGAGAGUAUACAAGCGUGUUAACUGAACAACUUAUGAUAUUACUAUUUUUAUUCCAUUUAACGCCGUUAUUUUUAAUUCGUAUUUUCAACCAAGUUGACCGUGACAAUAAACCUUUGAUUUCUUCUU